CUUCUCUCUACUCCUGCUCCCAAUUGCUCUAUUCUAUAGGGCUUAUAUUUUGUUGAGGUUAGUCUCUCCUAUCUCCUACCUUCUACCCUAUUCCUUAAAUUUUUUAUUUUUUUUUGUAUACUCUAACGUAACUAUUAGCUCACCCUCAUCCUCUACACCACCUUUCUUAUUAUAUCUUGCUACUAUGGCCUGGGCUCACACAUCAGCACCAUCUCGCCCCCAAGCCUCGUGCUAACCUUAAAAUACCUCUACAUCGGCGAAUUCCCCAUCACUGUUGGGCUCGGUCUCGUCAAGACCUCCUUCGCCGUAACUCUCCUCCGCCUACUAACCCGCCGCUGGCAACGCUGCAUCAUCUGGUUCAUCAUCGUCACGACCAACCUGAUCUUCUGCGCGUGCGCUAUCACGCUGUAUACGCAGUGCACGCCGGUGCGGCGGGUCUGGGAUGCGAGUGUGGAAGGGAGCUGCUAGGAGCCCCAUCAUCGGAUUGUCUACUAAUUCAGUCGUCCGUACAGCGUACUCCGUCGCCGUGGACCUCGUCCUGGCCACAUUCCCCUCCUUCGUGAUCAUGGGCCUAAAAAUCAGCAAGACCGAAAAAGUAGGCGUUAGCAUCGCUAUGAAUCUGGGCGUGCUG